GAGUUUGGGGGGAGUGCAGCCUACAAAUUGAGCUCGUGAGCUCCGUGAGCAGCAGAUGUGAGAGGCGCUCUGCACGCGCAGGUCGCGCCUCCUUGAUUAGCCGUGGACACAUUACCGGACGGGACUAACGGGAUUAUGAGGAUUUGAGGAGAGGACUCCGGUGUCACACGAGGAGUGGGAUUAACGUCCAGCGUCUUCAGUCUUCUGCGUGCCGUGAUGGGGAUAGACCGGCGGCGGAGAGCGUCGCUGGCUCUCACCUUGAACUUCCUCGCGCUCUUUCUGGCCGUGUCGGCUCUCACCACCAGCUACUGGUGCGAGGGCACGCGGAAGGUGGUGAAGCCACUGUGCACCGGGCCGGUCACCGCCAAGCAGUCCUUCUGCAUCCGGUUCAACAGCUCCAACAUUAACGACACGCGGCUCGUGCAGUACAUCUGGGAGACCGGAGAGGACAAGUAUGUGCUGAGGAAGUUCCACACCGGGAUCUGGUUCUCCUGCGAGCAGAACAUCAACAUGUCCGGUAAGUUCAAGACGGAGACACCGGGGACCGGUGCGCAGAGAGGCGCUCGGGCUGAGCGCGCGGGGAGGUGCGUCACGGAGAGGCGCGUCGAUCCAGUAACCCAAAAAAGAAAGAAUGUGUCCAUGUGAAGGAAUGUGAUCCUGAUUAAACACGGACUGAAAGCCUGUGUAACUUUUAGAAACAAAUAACCAGAAGAUCAGACACAAACAAUCUUCUGGUCCUUAAUAACCUGUUCAUCAAAACAGGAAUGAGAAAUCACAGGUGUUACGCGCUCUUUUGAAGGAUUUUCCAAGUACCUCUGGAUGAGGAUCUGAUGCCAAUAAUGAUGAUAGGAAACAUUUAAAAUCAAGAAAUCUGCAUAGUUAAAUGUGCAAAUAAGAUAAUGAGCCAAAAGAAAAAAAGACUCUCAUACAACAAACAAGUUUUAUUUUAACCCUGAGAAACAGAAACCUGAUUUAUUAUGAAAUAAUAAAUGAAAAUAAGUCAAAGAAAAACACAUUUCGGGCUUUAUUUAUUUAUUUUUAUUGCUUCAAAGUUAAUUCAAAGAAAGGGUAUAAAAAGUGUGCUCCCCUGCUUAAACAUGAAGUGCUUUGUGUGUGAUCUGUUAUGGACUCGGUUCCAGAUGAAGCUGCUGAGUGCUGUGACACCCCAGAUGUGCAGAGGUGGAAAGAGGACUUAAUUAUUCUGAGUACAGGGACUCUGAUUACAUUUUUACAGAAGCAGAAGCAAAACUACCAUCCUGUGAAUCUACUUUAGGUCUUUAUUUAAAUUGUACAAAUCGUACAUAAAGUCCUGAGUGCGUGUUUGUAAUCCAGAGCAGUGAGGGGUGAAGGGUGUAAGAUUUGCCCCCUUAAUAAUCUCCUUGUUAUGAUAAAACCUAAAGCAUUAAUGAAUGAGGUGUCUAUGACUCUGCACUUAUCCGGGGUGAAGUUAUCGGUAGUUUUGCAUGAGGGCUUGUGUGAUCAAACAACAAAAAUAAGACCUGAAUCGAUUGUAAUGAAGAAGCUAGAUUUGAAACAUUAUGUCAUAUUUAAAGCUGCUGUCAGGAACUUUCAGUUUGUUCUGAUUUCCCCUCAGGGAUUAGGUGCGUGCCAAGUUGGUAUUCUCUGACCAAAAUUCUCAUCCUCCUUUCUAUUCACAGUUAAAUGUGUCGCUCUUUAAGGAUGCUUCCUAAGUGUGCCAUCAAUCAUCUGGUCUGACACCGUCCCCCUCAGAGUGGUUUCAGGCAUAGAAAUCACAAUAUAGUUCCUGUCAGUGUUGUUGCUGAUGAGGUUGUUUGCUUUUGUAGGUCAGUGAUAGUCAAAAACUCCUCACAGUGGCUUUAGAGAAUAUUUUGAAGGAACCAAAUGAGAAAUUUCUGAUUUAAAAGUUUUUGGAAUAAGGUUCAUAUUUGGACCUGUCAUGUCACUGUACUUUAAAUCAAGCGUAAGGAUGUGUUAAGACCAGUAAUGAAGGAAUAUGGUAAAAUUAGAGCUUUUUUGUAAUUUGGGCAUCAUACAAUCACUUUUUUUCACUUGGUAACUUAGGCAUUGUAAAAUAAAGUGAAGUGCAAUAUACUCCACAGAAAAACACUUAAGUUAAAACAAAAGUUCUGAUCUUAAAAACUACUUAGAAAAAGUAGUUUUACAUGAGUAAAAUGGUGUUACUCUCACUGUUGCGACUGUGGACAGUGUCUGUGUCUGUGUCUGUGUCUGUGUUCGGACCAUCAGACAAACAUUUGUUCUGUCCUGUUGAUAAAUCUCACAGAAUAUUUGUCUGCCCACUGACAGAGGCUGGAUGUUGGGCUGCAGAUUUACACAUGUGGUUUUGGAAAGAGGGCAGCUUGUUGCACAAACACAGGAUGGAAAUCCUUAACAGAUUAGUUCAGAUGCAUCACAGCUUCAUCUUUUUUCUCAGAGCAUAAAGACAGUCUACCUGUGAGCGCCUCUCAGCCUGUUGCAGCAGUGAUUCUCAAUGUUUCUGAGUGUAAUUGGAAUGUCUGCUUUUCUGUCAUUUCAGGUGAGAACUGCAGAAGUUUCAUCUAUGUCGCUCCUGCAAACGAAAGAGGUGAGCAUGCAUGUUUUAAGACAUAUAGUUUGAUGUCUGUUGUUCAUUUGGGCUUCUUUCUGCAGUUAAAUAACUGUCUCUUUUGUUUUGCUGCAAAACACGAAAGUGUAAAGUUUCACAUCCUGAUCUGCGUCCAUCUCACUUGCACCAUAUUACGACCAUUUAUGCAUGUCUAAAUUCAACCAGCAUGCACAGAACUUUUUCAUCCAUGCAUGGAAUUCUGCAGCGUCAAAACUUUUUACAUCCUCACACAAAAUGCAAGCUUAAAAUCACAGGUCUCCUUUAACUGUAGGAUUUAUAGGUUUGUUAUUAUUGUUGCAAACCAGGAAUAUGUCUUAGUGAGCCAAAGUGAACCUUCCCUCAGACCAUGCACAGACUAUGUGCAAAGUUUACUGUCUGUACACUGCAGAGGUUCAUAUCACAUAAGGCUCAGAGAUAAUAAUACUAACAAAGUGCAUAAAUAAAACACUAGAGCCUGUUUUAAUGAAUGUCGCACAAAGUUUCAGGUGUGAAAUCCAAUAAUGUUUCUGAUUCCUGCCAGAAAAAUCAUUCCACCUGAUGAGAAAGUUUACCACGUUCCUGACAGGAGUCAUAAAAAAGUUCCUCCCUGUAGGAAAAACAAACACUUUCUAUUGCCUUAAACCUCUAAAACCAUAAAUCCUGUUUUCUGCUGUGACUGAAGUGGACAUUUUGGUCAGGGUUUUUAGGAUCCUUUGUUUUUGUGAUGAAAUGUUGGCACAGUCCUAAAGAGAUCUGAGUGUUGUCAGAACAUCUGUUGGCCUCAGAGCUGCAUGUUUUCUCUUUUUUAUCUUUAAGCCAGCGUUAAACACAAAGCCCAAACAUCAGUCUGCUUACCAGUAAUAAAAGUCUGAUUACAACGUCCCACCGAGGCCUCGGCUCACAGUAUCUCUUACUCCAACAGAGAAAUAAUCCUUUUUCUCCAUGUAAUGGAAUCAAGUCGACAACUUAAUACUGGAGCAGUGGUUGUUGUUUGGGUGGAUUAUCAGAACAGCGACUCUGUGAGGUAACAAGUAAAGUGAUGUUAAAACACGUCCCCGCAGUCUCUGCCAGAGUCUGCCCUCCAAGUUUAUUGUGAAACACUCAGAGGACACUCAGGGGAACACAAAUCUACUAGAAAUUUAUAACACCAGAGAAAUACAACCUCGGUUUUGUGCACAGAUCACAACCAAAACAUGCUACUUUUAUACAGCCGUGUUUCUGGGUCCCGAAGAUUCUUCAAACAGUCAACUCGCCUUUUUUUCUUUGAUGCUGUUGUUCUGGUUUCUCUGCUCUUAUAACCUCUCCAGUGAAGGUGAUAAAGUUUAGUUUCUAAUUUAAACAUCCUUAACCAAAUCGUCAAAAAAACAUGAUUAACUUGGCUCUGUAUGGGCAGUCUAUAUGCAACCACUAUACUCAACUGCUGCAUCUGCACUAGUCACGAUUCUCUGGAUGUUUCUGUCACUUUCUUUAAUCCAGUCUUUUAUUUGAAUAUGAUCUUUCAUUCAGAUAAGAGUCUCUUCUUUGCUAAACCAAACAUACACAGUUUGAAGUCAUAGAAUCAUAACUGUGGGAAAAUGUUCAAUUAUAUAAACUUUAAAAAGAGGUUAAAUUUCCUGAGAACUUUUUCUUGUAGUUCAUCUAAAAGUUGCACGAAUUCUCAUGAAGGAUGGACUGUGUUUUGAGUUUUAAUCAUUACUUAGUCGUAUUUUGCUCUUUGUGUCUUGCACUGUUUUAGUUAAGACUUGAGGUCAUUACACACGCAAAUAUGUGAAAAUGCCAAAUAUUUGGCUUACACCUUUUCCUAUACACACCUGGUGUGACGCGAAUAAAGUUUGCAUAUUUGCAUAAAAAAUGCUGAACAGAGGGGGGAGAGAGAAGAAGGAGAAACAACAGCAACUACAUCCUCAAGUGAUGAUGACCUGGUCAUGGUUUCAAGCCUAUUAAAUAACAAAAAGAAAUGGAAGAAACAAAGUGUCUGGGUACAUCCAAUACUGACCUUGUGACAAUCACAUCUUAACCUCACAAAUGCACCAUCCACCAGAUGGAGUGACAUCAUAACUUUGAAGGCUCCUCAAACUUCACUGUGUCAUGAAACAGGAAGUGACUUUAACUCCUUUAUACUUUGUUCAGUCUGUUUGAUAUGAUCGACGUCCACUCCUGACCACAUCCAUUUGCCUAUUUCUGUACUACAAUAAUAGCUCCACCUUGUGGAAAGGCAUGAUACUAGCUUUAAUAUACAAUGUGUAAUGUUUGAUAAUAGUCCCAGCCUCAGCUGAUCUGCAUUUACACUUUUUACAGUAGUACUGCCACCUAUUGAACACAAGUGGUACUUACUCAGAUAUGCACAACUGGAUAACUCUUGACCCCUAGUUAAUGCACCUUUAAAAAGAUUCAUAAAUGUUAUAAUCAAACAAAUGAGCUCUUCAUUAGUCAUCACAUAUGUGAUUGACCUACUUGAUUUCAUGUUGAGAACAAAAGCUAAGUGUGCACAUCCUCAUCACACCUGAUGGUUUCAAGCCCCGACCUGUGACCCUCUUCAUCGCUGUGUUUGGCUUUAAUACAAUUUGCCUUUGGUUUUUUGUUAGGAUUAUGGACAUCCUUGUGAUUUGUUGUUAUUUUUGAAUGUCCAGCCUGUGUUUAAUGAUUCAAACUGAUCUUGUUUAAAAUGGAAAAUAAGGGAUAGGACAAGAUGACUUAUUUUCUUGAGCCUAUGCCAGCUAAUUGCUUGCCUUUAUGUCUGUUUGUUUGUUUUUCCCAAAGAUAUUCAAAUGAAACAACCUAAGCUGCUGUAUUUGACAAGUGUGACAUUGGGAUACACUAUUUGCCUGAGAAAAAAUGCUAAAAGUCAGAAUUGGGAGCACUGGGGUCUUAGAAGUAAAAUGACACCAUUUUUAUCUUUCAGUCCUGUCUGCGUGCCUUGGGCUGGCUUGGCUCUUUAUCCAGCUUUCAAUACCCCAAUCAAUGAGCAGAAUAGUCUUGAUUUUAAUCUCUGACAAGAUCUGAGAUUUGGGCAGCAGUUUAAAGGUCUGAAACCAGGCAACUCUUCACAGAAACAGCAGCCACUGGACCUGAAUUAAAGAGCUGUGCGCCGUGCCUGAGUGAGACGCCAAAGCAUUUACAUUCUUUGCAUUCACCGGAGGGCAUCAGCUUCUUUUUUUCUCUCAUUUUACAGGGCAAAAUCCGGAGCAAAAACUCUUCUUGCGUGUCACUGCAGCCAAUUCAAAGACUUUAAAUGUCCUCUAAUAAAACUUUUAUCUCUUUGUAGCUCUCCCCUUUAAAUUGAAUUUAAUUAAAUUGUUUUUUUUUUCUUCUUUUUUAGAUUGGAGCAGGUAAAAAGCCUCUAUUCAUGAUUCAUACAGAGAUAUUUUAGAUUACUUCAUUCCUUUGUGAUUCAUUAACACAAUAAGUACCUGCCCCGGGGUGAUGGAUGUAAUUACAGUUCAGCUUACAGUCACAGGCCUUUAAUCCGCUGAUAUUCAGUCGUUUCACGCUCACAGACCUGAAACCAGCCGUCCCUCUGUGGAUCAUAUUUCCUCUCUGACUCUGAAGGUUAAUCGGAUGGGUGCGAGGUCACUUCUCCACCUUCCUCACUUCUUCCUCCUCUCCUUUCUCCCCCUCAGUCUGCCUCAUCGUCCUUGCUCACCCGUGUUCUGUCCCCAUCCCCCUUCUACCUCCCCUCCAUCACUCACCCACCCAUGACUCCCUCCCCCUUUUUUUACACCACACAAAUAAUUCCUCUCUCCUCAGGCGUGCUGUGGCUGUGUAUCGUAGCAGAGUGCCUGUACAUCCUUCUUCUGGCCACCGGGGGCAUCCUCAUGUCCAUUGAGGUGUGUCAUUUUGGGAACGUCAUCGAUGGCCUCAAGCUCAACGCCUUCGCUGCCAUAUUCACCGUGCUCUCAGGUCAGUAAGAUCAUAGUGUCUGUGGCGUUCAGCGACUGUAUUAGCUGAGGGGACACCUGGCAGCAGAUAGACCCCAGACCCUAUUUAAAUCUUAAAGUUACUGUGAGAAGUUUUUAACGGGCCAUGGUACAGACUGAAAAGUGAAAAAGCCCAUCAGCAACAAGACUAACAAACAUGGUAUCACUUAGUCCACAAGGGGCGCCAAAAUUGACCCAACCAAAAGCUCCUCAGGGGAGCUUUAAGUAAAAUACAGAUCUGAGUGUGCAGUGCUAUGAAUGUGUGAGAGGUUUCUUUUAAAGGCCAUUUUUAAACAGUUAUCUGCAUGUCUAUAGGAAAUGCUGUUAAAGUAACCGUUAAAUUAAUUGCACAUAUUGAUUUUCCAAUAUUUAUUGAUCUGCACAUUAACCCACAGACCCGAGAACCGCCCCUGUAUUGCACCAAUCAACUUAGCAGUAACAGUCCGUCAAUAGGAGCUAAUAUCCCCGGGACUGCAGGGAGAAUGUGAGGGUCCUCACUGCAAGAAAAUAUCUAAAACAUAUUCUGUCUGCCUGAGAGGCAUAAUUUUGACCAAACAUCUCGAUCAAUACAAAGUUAUUACCCAUGAAAAAUUGAUUGAAAAUGCAGUUAAAGCUCAGAAUGAAUGGGUCCAGAUUCCUGUUUUCAUGCUGGCAGUGGUCCAGUCUCACACUGAGGUCGGUCACCACCUCUCAGCCCUCAGAAGAUUCCUGUCAGUGUGCAGCCUGCCUCUCUCUCCCUCUCUGUAGACGAUUUAACAAUGACCUUCCCUUUAAUCCACUCGGUAAAAAUGGCCUGACCAGCACGCUCACAGCAGUGAAUCAGCAGAGAAGGACACUCUGCUGCAUGGCAGCAAUGACUCACAGCAUCUCAGAGUGACUCCGCAGGUCAGUGUCAGGAAACAUAAAUAAGGGUGUAAGCUGAAGAAAUGAACACCAUUAAUCCACACCAGGUUUUUCAGGCGUAAGGUUUGAAAGAGAAACACUUUAUUGUCUGUAUAGAAACAACAAGAUUGAAGCUGUAACGCUGUUUGCUGGAGAAUAGUGUGAAAUGUACUAUCUACUCAAUAACCUUAAAAGCACACUGAGCAGAUUAUUUCUGUACAGUCUAAAAUGUUUCAAUACCUCCAACAGAAAUAAUGACCAUGGCCCAAAAACUGGAGUCAAAACAUUCAGAACUCCCCCUUCUGACUUGCUGCUGUGUUCGUCUGUAACCUCGCCCCCUCAAUAGUCAAACAACAAUGAGGAACUCUUGGUUUGUGCCAGGUCAGGAGACCCCUGUGAACAAAAGAGUCAGUGCUGGUUUAGUUCUCUAAGUGUGUAAUUAUUUUGCCUUCCAAAUAUCUUUCCUUCUCUAAUUUUACAGCUAAAUGUAUCACUGAUGAGAACUUUUUCCUCGUGUCAUCAGUAAUUAGUAUGACACUUUACAGCCUCCUGUUUUGUUUUGUUUCAACACUAGAAAUGAAGAUAAAUAAGAAGUUGAGUCACUCCUGAUUGGUGAUUUUGUUAUCUAUAGGCCAGAGAAACUCCUCACAGGAGUGUUAACAAAUGGGACGAUAUCUGAUUGAUUAUUUUGAUUAUUAUUAUUUGAGGUUUUGGCACAUCACAUGACCCCCACAGCCUUUCUGCUGUUGUGCUCAUUCCAGCCCAAGGCUUUUUAGACGCUUAGAAAGACACCAGCCUUCUCCUGCUCUCCUCUCCCUGCUCUCCUCUCUCCUCUUCCUGCUCUCCUCCUCCUGCUCCUCUCCCUGCUUUUCUCUCUCCUCCUCUCCCUGCUCUUCUCUCUGUCCUCCCUGCUGUCCUCUCUCUCCUCUUGCUCCUCUCCCUGCUCUCCUCUUUCCUCCUGAUUUUUACCCUGCUGUCCUCUCUCCUCCUACUGCUCCUCUCCCUUCUGUCCUCUCUCCACCUGCUCCUUUCCCUACUGUCCUCUCUCCUCCUGCUCCUCUCCCUUCUGUCCUCUCUCCACCUGCUCCUUUCCCUACUGUCCUCUCUCCUCCUGCUCCUCUCCUUUCUGUCCUCUCUCCACCUGCUCCUUUCCCUGCUGUCCUCUUUCCUCCUGCUUCUCUCCCUAUUCUUCUCUCUCCUCCUGCUCUUCUCUCUCCCCCUGCUCCUCUACCUGCUCUCCUCUCCUGUCCGGUGGCUGCCUGAUACUCUUAGCACAAUAUGUUGAGGGUACUAGAGUCCAUGAUAACCUCCCUGGUGUUUCCAAACGUUGUUACACAUUGAUCCAAACAGAUAAGCACUAUAAGUCAAAGUGAGAGCUGUUUGAGGGGAGAGGCAGAGCACACACUCGGCUAUGAAAGGGUUAACAACACAUUCACCUCAUAGGACAAAACGGAUGCCACAUAUCAGGCGGCGCAGUAAUGGUCAAGUCCAGAUAAUAUAUUUUUAUGAUCCUCCGGAGUCAUAAUCAUAAUUGAAAUUGGUAUUUGAUUAAAUUCCCCAGCCCUCAUAGUCAGCUAUUAUCCUGCUGAUUGAUGUGGGAGUGUUCAUUUCUCUGACAAGCUUAGUUUGAAUUCGUUUUUAAUGCUAUUAAAAAGCGAGAUAAUAUUUGUGUGCUCCAGAUCGACAGAGUAGAGGAGGGAAGGUGAGAAGAAAUCUGACAAACAUUGAACUUUCCUUAAUGCUGAGUGUCUGUUUCAAACACCCUCAAGACUCUGUCCUGCUGUGGACCACCUGAGGGAUCUUAGACGACAUCUGUGUUGUAGUUAAAGGAAGGGGCAGUAUGUCAGUCCCACAGCUCCACCUGCACAGACUGACUCUAAAUGAGCAAUAUGUCAGCACUCAUUAAAAGGGAGGAGCAUUCCUACUCUUCUAAUGUAUCGUAUAACACUAUUCAAUGUAGUGUUAGAAAAACAGCACUUAGAUGAUCGCGUUUGGAGCCCUCAGGAUCCUCUUGACCAACAUCUGGAGAACCUCUUGAGAAAACUGUGAUGAGUAGACUCUCUGAGCGUUUUAUAUUGAUCUGUUGGUGUCGAGUGGAGAUUUCCCUCUUCAGACUGAAUCUUUGGACUGAUCAGCAGAGCUCUCUGUGAUCCUGUGGGCAUGUGAAUCGAUGAAGAGGCUCUGACCUUACUCUUUGAAACCCCUGCUUAAUGUUUUACAAGCUCUGUCUCUCAUUAGCUACACUAAAAAUUGAUGUCCAGCUGAUCCUGCUGUGUUUUCUGCAGCUAAAAUAUGUGAAUAAUGAAUAAAAACUCUUUCUCUGAUGUAAAGCAGGUGAUCUGCUGUUAAGAAGGAUCGUUUUAGAGGCAUUGAAGAAGGAGGAGAGUUAAAGAGAUAUUCCGGCGUAAAUUUAAGUCAUGGUCAAACACACCAUAACACCAAGUUAGACACUCCCCCCGAGAGUUGACUGUUGCCGACUGCUUGCUUCGCUAGCAUGAUAGCAAUACACAGCAGUCUGUGGGGAGCCCUGACGAGUUGAUUACAAAAUGCAUCGGAAAAUUUAUGAUUGUUACUUUAUGGAAAUACAAUCAGACCGAGACACUAAAGCAGAAGAACUACCGCGUCCGCAGUGCACAUACAAGAUAUACGAGAACUCUGAUUGCAUUUCCAUGAAGUAACGAUAAUAAAUGUUUUUCCUUGAGCUGCGAAACUCCACUGUACUCGGUGAUCGACUCAUCAGGGCUCCCCCCACAAACAAGUGGCUGCUGGAGGAGAGUGGGUGAGUUGUGUGUGGUGUCUUUGCUUAAGAAAUUAGACAAAGCUGAAAAGAUGUUUGGUGGCUUGUGCUGUGGCUGGGACCCUAUAUGUACUGUUGAUGAAGUUAGGUGCUGUUCUGAGCAUUUUUUGUGGCUAUAGAGUGGCUUUUUGGUUGAGGUUUGCACAUGGAGAUGUAGACUGCUGUGUAUUGCUAUCCUGCAGUCAUUACUAAAGUUGGUAUAACUAGAGAAGCAAGCAGUCGGCAACAUUUAUCUCUCGAGGGGGUGUCUAACUCUUUAACCCUUUAAUGGAAAUGUGCUGACGUAAAUCUGAUGUAUUUCAUUUGAAGGGCUGAGGUUAGUCGUGUAAAUAAGAACAUCAUAUGCAGGCAAACCUGACUAUUACAGCUAAAAGGCACUCUGAUUGGUUUGGAUAUGUGAAUAAUCCAAGUUGUCCGACACGCCCUUUGGACCAUGUGCUUAAGCUCCUUCCUCUUGUCUGAAUGGUGUCACUUCUGUCUCCAUAAAACCAACAUGGCACAAAUUCCAUGCUUCCAAGCUAAAAUUAUGGCGAUGGAUUCUAUAGCAGUGAUUAUUUACACAGUUUGUGGUGGCAAACAUGAGAUUCUUUUCAGAGGAGAAGACAGAAACAACCUGGAGAAAAUAUUAGACGUGUGGCACAUAGCUUGACUGACAGGAGGAAAAAUAGAUUCAUGGGAUAGAAACCGUCCUCUGCAUCAGAGUGUCACACCAUUAAGGGAUGGUUGACCAUCUUUCACCUUAUGGUGUCCUCUGUAUUCACAAUAAGCUGACAGGAGCAGAACCCACUCGCUCUCUGCUGGUGACACUUUUCAAAGUGGAGCCUCUCUGAGUUAUACUUUCUCUCUGGCUCUGAGCCCGCUCCAACUCUUGAGUCCAACGGAAAGUCAACCCGUCAACCCGUCUGUGUGUCUCAUGUUUUAUUAAUAUGUGACUCACUGUCUGCAGGAAUGAGCCCUGUGCAAAAACAGGGAGCUGAACCCUAAAAAGUUCACUCUAAGUGCAGUGUGAUUUUAUUUUGUAGCAUCUGUCUCAGCCUGGUGGCUCUCUAACUGUUCCCCCCCCCCAGCUCAUCACGAACUGGUUUACUGAGCCUGUAAAAUGUUUGAAUUUAGGACGGUGUUAGAAAGUUGAUUCUGUUUUUAAUGAACGGAAAAAGACUGAGAGUUUUUACAGCGAUGGGGUCCAGGGGAACUAUAGAGGAGACCAGAUUAAACUUUAUUAAACUCGUCAGUCAUCCUGGGGGUGAAGAGAGAGGAGGCGGUAUGUUAGUUUACGAUGCAAAAAAAGAGCAACACAAAAAGCCAUCACUGAUAUCUUACAGACAGUGAACAUCCACUGUGGGUCAUUAAUUUCAGCAUCUCUAUUAAAAAGCCUUAAUGUAUUCAUUCAUCCAUCCAGCCGCACUGUAUUGGUACAUGUUGCACUUCACUGAUGAUGGAAAUGAACUGUGUUUAGCCAAAUGGAAAAGAACCACAGUGUUGUCUUUUCACUUUCUGAUUGUAAACACUGAGCUACCUCAGUUUGAACAGAUUACAGCUGACAAUCCAGAGAAAUGUGGAGUCACUUGUGAUAUAAACUAAACCUGGUGGAAGCAGAUCUACUAUGAAGUCAGGUUAAAGACACAGAUUUAACACAGACAACCAGGCCAGCGCGUUCAUCAAAGUCUCUGAGCUCUGAGAUUUUCCUUUUAAAGUAAGCCUUUGUAAAAACAGCUGUCCAGCAUCCUUUCAACUCAGGCUGAGUGAAAUGUUGUAUGAACAUCGCAAAUGCAGUGCUGACAUUUGCAGUAAUCACAAAGCAAGGACAUGCAACGUCAGUCAUGUGACCUGAAGCAUAUCAUGUUGUCAACUCUCUGCCAUUAUCCAGAAUGAAUCAGUGUUAAACUGAAAUCACUCUCAUUUAGAGACACAUAGAGCUGAACCCUGUGCAGGCAGUAUGUAUCUAUAUCACAUUACCACAGAAUGUAAACGUGCACACAAGCCGCUACACGUCUGCUAUCACAGAUGCUCGGUGCUUGUUAAUGUGGGAGACACAUGGAUGGUUCCAUGAAGUGGUUACUGAGUGGUUACCAUAGACUGUAUACAGAAUGGACGCCGUCUGCCUCCUCACUGAGUGAAGCCACCACGACAACAGCACCCUCUGGUGACAGGCUGCAGUAUAGGUCAUAAAUCCCGCCUCUUCCAGCAAUCCCUAUGGAGAUGUGGACAAACUUUAGAAAUGAAUUAUACAGGAUGUAAAUUCUUCUCUCCCCUGGUUGCGAUGUUGACAUGUAGUUACUGUAAGACAGGUUUGCGCUCAAGUCCUCUUUUUUCUUUGCAGCUCCAUUUUUAAAAGUUAUUAAGGGGUUCAUGUUUUCUAUGAUUGACACUUGAUACAGCCUAUGUGUGUACAAAGAUUAUAUAGAUCACCCAGGAGAUACACUUUUCGAGCCAAGCAUCAUCACAGCAACUCUCCUGCAGAAUGUGUACAAUGCUACUGCACAAGUGGUGGUUUCAAGAAUGGGAGAAAAUCCUGGAAAUACCGAGAGCAAUUCGGCUUCAAAGUCAUAUAAUGACGUAAGGCAGAGCUAAGUUGUCCAUAGUGUAUACAGUCUAUGGUGGUUAUUUUUAGUUUUUGUUUCAACUGGAAGGACCAUCACAGGGCUUGUGACACAGCUUUAAUGCAAUAUUGAGCAUUGACUGAAUGUAUUAAGUUAGUUAAUGGUUAGAAACAAAUGCAUCACUGCAUGUCUGUCACAAUAAGAGCUCAGGUAAAAUCUAUUAAAAGAGAAACUUCAAACUUUUAGGUUAAAAAAAGGUGCAUGGAUAUAUACUGUUAUUAAUAUCAGUAUCUGCAAAAAUGAGUUUCAAAAUAUUGGCAUAUUGGUAAUUCACUGUCAUGCAUCCCUACAGUUCCAGUUUUAUGUCUAGAUCCAAAAUGCAUCCAAAUAUCAACGUUUUAGGUGCUGACUGUUAUAUCUUUCAAACUUGUAAAAGUAACUAUCAAAGACUGUACUUCCGGCAGACUUUUAAAGUAAAGCUAUCUGUGCGUUGAGUCAGCUCCCACACUGACCAUUAAAAGGUUUCACUGGAACAUAAACUGAGUUAAAUAGAGAUGAAAUCAAACACUGAGAGGAACCGCGACUUAGAAUGAGAGAAGGCUGUAUCCCAAGCAGUGAAAUUAGUAGAUAGUUGGAAUUGAAUGGGCUCAGACACACUGGUGGGAAUGAACACAAACAUGAGUGGAAUGUAGGAAUGAAAAUAAAUCCUCUUUAUGUAAUUGGAGUGCAUUUAGUGGGCGUGGCUAAGACUAACAGCACCUUGGGGGACUGUAGAAGAAAACCCAUCUGUUUGAGCCACACCUCUGUCAUAAACAGUUUUACAUUAGGAGUAGACAGGAUGUUGUUUUCAUGUUUCUCUGCUGUAACCCACUUCUGCUGACACACUCUUUUGAACAGGUAGCUUUGAUUUAACAGAGAUGUAAACCCCAGCAGGACCUCCUGCUGUGCUUUCAUUAUAAACACUGACAGCUGAUUAUCAGACGGGGCUCUUUGAUGCAGCUCUGCUUCUGACACCUACACACCGCUCACCAUCAGUGCAAACAGUACAGUGUGUAGUUUUCAGCAUCAUUUAUCCGAAUAUGACAUUUACAAGUAUAUUUAAAUAGGUGCAAAAUCAAUUGAAAGUUGAAACCAAUGUGUUAAUGUCAACUUAAAUUGAGCUCCUGCUGUGGCUGUGCAAGCUGCAUCUGUUCAAAGAAGAAGACGUAUUUGAUCAGGAUCAUCUAUUUUUCAUGCAUCACAGGAGCUUCUUGUCCUUGAAGGCCACCGUCGCCUCACUGAUGAGAAGUGAUGAGCAAGGGAACAUUUCAAUAUAGAACUGCCAAGUAUCACAAAAUAUGCUCGUAAUACUCACUGAACCUUUAAGUGUUGAGUGAAAUUUGGAUGAAAGUCUGUGUCAUAAAGCGGAGAGGGGACAAAAGAUAUGAUCCACCUGCAGAGGGGCUUCAGAAAGUGAUUUAAAACACUGAAAGAAUAAAAAGAGUAACAGAUAGGAAGUAUUAUUUAUUCAAAUUUACCCACAGAUCAAAAUUCGAUCCGAACACUUGCUCAUUUAGUUAACCUUGCCGCCCCCUGGUGGCAGCAGUAGGUGAUGAGAUGCUGCAGAGCGCAUGUGUUGCCGUGCGUCCUUGUGAAGUGUUAGGCUGCAAAAUAAAGCACCUGAAUGGGCUCCUCUUCCUUCUAUAAUCUAACGUGACCUUGUGUGAUCACAACACGCCUCUUCAUUUCCACAUGACAGAACGUUCCAGAUCUCAGAUUUGUUCCUCAGCUCUGACACAAAGCCUCCUCAGAUCUGCAUAUGAUUAUCAUAAUGUUUCAGAGGGAUAUCCUCACGAAUAAACAUGAGCUCUGAUGGGAUGAGAUGGAGUUUAGGUGUUUGGAUCUGCUCAGCUCGUGGAGGAUUUUACAGGCUUAUGCUGUAAUCGGAUCGGUGGGCUACACACUCUGGUUUUUAUCUUUACUGUAAUUUAUAACCACUGAGGAAAGAGGAGGGAUGACAGACUAUCUAUAACUAAAAAAACAGGCAAAAACUGAAAGAAAUGGAAGAAAGAGAGGGAGGAACAGUCAAGAGCUAGUAGAGAGGAAGAGGAGGGGAGAAGCUCAGAUUGGAUGAGUGGAAGUUAAGCACUGAAUCAACAACAUGAACAAAGAGGGGGUAAAAAAUAUGUUACUGCUGUUUAUUUUACUUUAAAAGUAUCUUCUGAGACCAAUAUGUUUAUUUCCUGUGAAUAUAACAAAGACAGAUGCUUUAAUUUUGAAAUUAACUACAAAGAAGAGAAAUGGUGCAUAAACAGAGUAAUGUUAACAAAUGAUAAUUAAUAAGUUAAGGUUGAUAGAAGCACCUGGUUUGUAUGUAUUCAAUCACUUAAGUACUUUUUAGUAAUCACUUUGAAGAGGGAAAUUUUCUAAACACCUGUUUCAUAAAACAUAAACUAUGAGCCAAACUAAUCUGAAUGUGUGAAAGAUAACGUCUAAAUAUUAAUUCAUUCAUACGUAAAGUAUCCUGGUUAUACAGGCUGUGUCAGUGGAGUUUAGUGUAUUAUGAGGUAACACUGCCACCCUGUGGGGACUGCAAGAACUGCAGGAGUGUUUGACUCAGAGGCUUUAAGUUUUUUUCUGGUGUGUGUGUGUGUGUGUGUGUGUGUGUGUGUGUGUGUGUGUGUGUGUGUGUGUGUGUGUGUGUGUGUGUUUCAGGUCUGCUAGGUAUGGUGGCCCACAUGAUGUACACCACAGCCUUCCAGCUGACCGUGAGCCUGGGUCCAGAGGACUGGAAACCUCAGACCUGGGACUACAGCUGGUCCUACAUGUGAGUCAUGUGGCACACUGUGAUGUACAGAAAAUAUAUAUAUGUAUGAGAUAAUAUGAGAUAAGUUUAAUGGCUUAGACAUCUUCUUCUCACAAAGUCCCCUUCAUAAGCUAUUAAGAUUUCGUGGACUUGCUUUAAGUUGUUAAAAUUUGUUGAACUGAUACAACGUACAGUAAAAAUUUUGAACUGGGGAAAAUCGAUCAUUUCAAAACAGAUCUGAUAUUUUUUGUGAGAUUAUGCUUAAACAGAGAGCCAAAUGGCUUUGUUCAUCUUAUAGACAGGAUUUUAAAAUGUGUGUCCACAGACUUACAACGCAAACCUUCCUCCUCCAUGUAAACAGAUGGGACACUGGUCAAACUUAAAAAUACAAAUGCACAUCAAAAACAUGUCCCCCAACUAUCGUGCCUUUUGUUUUAUUAAGUACUUGUCAGUUUGAUUUACAUCCACAUCUUUAUAUUUCUAACAAGUUUUGCUUGAAUUGGUUAUUGUUGCCAUAAAAAGGCAUAUCUGAUUAUGAUUGACAGCUCUGUUAACAAAUAGGGGUCCUGCAUUGCUGUAUAAAUAAAAAAAAUACAUUUACAUUGUGGAACAAAACACUAUUUGCCGAUCCAUGUGAAUGAUUUAAGUUCAAACUCUUCGAUUUGUGUGUCCUGCAGAUUGGCUUGGAGCUCCUUCACAGCCUGCAUGGCGUCCUCGGUCACCACCAUCAACCGCUACACCAAAACCAUCCUGGAGUUCAAGCACAAGCGCAGGAACAUCGAGAAGAACCUGAAGAUCAAACAGAAGCUUCUGGAGCUGGACUCACCGGAGCAGGUGUGGGACAUGUAUAUCAGCUCUGUGCCCAGCACGGCCGAGGAACUGCUCGACCUGUCCUCCAAUGGCCGAAAACUCUCCAACACCUCCAUCUUCUUAGACCUGAACGAUCUGCCAGACCCACAGGGGGAGGAGUACUGCUAGAGGAAGAGCCUCUUCAGACAUCAGCAGCGCGUGAUCAGGUUCAAGGUGAGACGAUGAUAUGAGUACUGCAAACAGCACUAGACCACGGCUGAGAGAGGAGGUGUCACUGCUACAAUAAAUCCUUUAUGAGGCACGACUUUAAAGUGAACAACUCAUAAACAGUAAACAGAGAACCACUUCAUCACCGCAGUCCCCUUUAAACCCAUCACAGCCUGACUUACAACACACUAGCAUUCUAAUUGGGUUACAAUAAACCAGGUUGUCGUAUAAUAAACUUUUACAACAGGGCUAAAAUGAUUCCUCUCAUAGCGUGAGUAACUCAAAGCUUGGUCAAAAUUCAUAAAGCUAUCUGGCAGCAGAAAUGGACCGUUGGAGGUCCCACGAGCCAAACAUGCCUAAAAACCUACAUUUACCAGCAAUCAGACACAAAAAUGAAAUGAAUUUAUUCAAUUAUAAUCAUGCACCAAGAGACAGCUCACCGAUACCAACCUACUGCACUGAUAAGGAAGGAGGGAGAGAGGGACCUCUGAAUCAUAACAACCUUAUUUUGAUAAAAUAAGAUUUUAACAAGAUUUACAACUUAAUUCCUCAAAUCUUUCUUUCAUUCUUGAUGUGGCUCCAUUACCCAACAGUACUCAGUUCAUUUAAAGUGCAUUAUAAUCACUUAUGAUAAUGUGCACAAAAUCAGAGUUAAAGUUGAUCACAGUAAUAACAGCAAAAAAAUGAAUAAAUCAACAGCUCACCUCCUUUCUCCACACCAUAAAGAUAACAGGUGACUUAACUCAAAGUAUUGAGAAGAUGGUCAGAAUUCUCAGAUAUCCUUUGAUAUUCAGGAUUCUGAGAUUAAAGCAAAUACUAAAUAAAGAGUUUAAUUUGGAUGAAAUUAAGUUUAUGAUUGCUUUAAUUAAAAGCAAAACAAAAAAUCUAAAUGUUCUCUAAAACGAACUUUCUUAAAGCCUUUUAACUCUCUCAGCCUCCUCAGCUGUGGGCUCGGUUCUUUGCAGAAACUAUAUUAAUGUCUUAGAAUUGAACUGGUGAUGUUUAAAUGUAAGACCUGGACUCUUUAAGGACCACCGACCAUGUUUUUUUACACCUGGAGCUCUACCCACAUGUGUGUUGAAGGGUGUUGAAGAAAAGCUGCUUAAAUCCUGAGAGUCUAUCAGAAGGACAGCUAAAGCUGCUAAAGCUGUGACAGUCUCACACUGCCGGACCGAUCAGUGAUCAGGAUCCAUAUAUUGACUCUAAUGUGGGACACAUACUGAACACUGAAGUCAUGAUCCUCUGCUCCCACCAUCACAAGAAGCAAAGUAGCUUCAAACACACUGUUGAAGGUUAACUGCUGUAUCAUGAUAUUUAAGGUAUUUGUCUUAACAGGGCUCCAGACUAACAGCGAGAAGUCACCUUGGACUCAUCCUGGAUGAAAAGCAUUGUGACUGUAUGUGAAUUUGAACUCAGAAAACUGCGCCCUGAAUGCAGCAGAGGUCCCAGUAAGCCCUAACAUGAUUUUCUCGUUGUGUUUCAAGUCGGUUUCUUUGUGUUGGUCAUUUUUUCAACCAGAAUGUUUGAAUCAUAGACUGUAUAUAGAAUGGACUCUGUCUGCCUCCUCACUGACUGAAGCCACUGUGAGAACAGCACCCUCUGGUGACAGGCUGCGGUAUAGGUCAUAAAUCCCGCCUCCUCCAGCAAUCCCUAUGGAGCUGUGGACAAAGUUAAGAAAUGAAUUACAGAGAAUAUAAAUUCUUCUCUCCCCUGGUUGUGAUGUUGACAUGUAGUUAUUGUAAGACUGGUUUGUGCUCAAGUCCUCUUUUUUCUGUACAGCUCCAUUGUUAAGAGUUAUUAUGGGGUUCAUGUUUUCUAUGAUUGACACUUGAUACAGCCUAUGGGUGUACGAAGAUUGCGUAGCUAACCCGAGGGAUUCGCUGUUUGAGCAGAGGGUCAUCAGAGCGACUCUCGGCUACUCUCCCACUGAAUGCAUGCAGUGCAGCUGUGCAAGCGGUGGUUCCAGGAAGUAGAGAAAAUCUCAGAAAUACCGAGAGCAAUUCGGCUUCAAAUUCUUAUAAUGACGGAAGGUGGAGCCAAGUUGUCCGUAGUAUAUACAGUCUAUGGUUUGAAUUCAAAGUUCUAUGCAUGUUGAAGUUAGUGUCAGUGUGUGAGAGGAAAAUCCUUUUAAAGGUGCAGUGUUUGGAAAUGUGAAUUAUUCAGCUGUCAAAUUCUAGACUGUAAUGCCCCCUUGCUCACCCCUGAUGUCAAAAGAGCAACGAUGGCCUUCAAGGUCAAGAAGUUCCUGUGAUACAUGACAGGUAGGAUCCUCCAUCAAAAAGUCUGUCUUUUGUGCACAGUAACCAAUCUAUUCUUCUCGGUCGUCCUCUCAUAAAAACAUGUUUGUGAGUAGUUUGACCCUUCUGUGCCGCUGUAGCACAGAAUCGACUGUAACAUGGCAGUGCAAGAUGGCAGCCUGCUCCCAUGUAGGUUUCAAAGGCUCAUUGUAAGUGAACAAAAACAAAUCCAACUUGCUAUCCAGUGAUUAUACACAAAUAUAAACAUACUUGUAAAUAUGUGGUAUUUCUAAAAAUUGUGUCCUGCUAAAUGCAACUGCACCUUUAAUUGAAAGCUGCUUUAUUUAGCAUUACUGAUAUUAAUGAAAUAUGUAUUAUUUAAAAAGUUACAGAUAGUCAGUGAUUAAAUCCAAAUGGGAUGGUAGAUUAAUGUUGACAUUGACAUACAAAUCAUUAAAGCAUAAAAGCCUUUUUUUUUUUCGUUAUGGUGGAGUGGAAGGUUAGUCUGGAGCCUUGGAGAGGCACAGUACCAGAGGAGGGAGCCAAGGACUGUAGCUCUGCCCACACAGGAAACCAGGUGUGGAGAAUGACUGUAACCUGGUUGGAGGAUGUGUGCAGGCCUGCUGAGUGCCUUUCCUUCCAGCAGCAUGCCACUGAUCACACAGCAUGCUCUGUGCUCAUCACAUUUAAAACCUGACGCUGUGUGUAUGUGUGUGUGUUUGUGUGCUUGUGCCAAAACCAUCAGAGAUCUGAGCGUGCUCAGUACAGCUCUCUGUGUACUUGAUUAACAGGAUCUUUUCUUAUGAGCAUUCAUGAAUUUUUGAUGGAGAAACACAGAGCAGGGUUGUCGCUCUUUACAGUUAUUAUAAGUGCAUUUUAAAUAUCUAUGAUAUUUCUGUUUUAUUUAUAAAGUGAAAUGUAUUGUGUUAUAAACUCUAAAAUUCAGGUCUGGUUUAAUUCAGUUCUCUUCAUUCUGGAUUGUGGUUUUCACUGAAGCAUGGGUGGUUGUGGGGUUUUGUGGGUCAAACUCCUUUUUUUGUGUUUUUAAGUUUUAUUAUGUGUGUAAAUAUUUGCAACCUACUAUACUGAUAUAAAUGAAUUUCUAUGAAAAUGCAUUAUUUGAAAUUUAAGAGGAGACAAAAUAAUAAAGAAAUUUUCUUGUUUUCAAC